AUGGAGUCUGACGGCAAGGGCAUGGGCAAGGAUAGCACGGAUAAUGCUCCCAUUAGACCGGUAUCGUCGUUGCUGUCGCAUUUCGAGAACCUGGCGGCGCAUCGGAGAUCGCCCUCUGCCAUCACGACCACCUCCCUGCUCAAGACCCCCGAUCCGGCGGACGAUGGUCGCUUCUCCAGCCGGAUCUCGCUCGAUCUGCCGCGACCCCAUCUGCCUUGGACGUCGGAUCCCGAUCUUCACAAUGGCCAGACCCUUCACACUCCCCAGCCGGCCGUGUCGCCGGGCAGCAGCGGUAGGAAGGGGCGGCCCAUGUCCAUGAAUUUCCACUCGUCACCGCAGCUCGCCCCGGUGUUGACGGUGGACUCGCCUCGCUCGCCUCCGCGUGGCUUCGGAUCGAAUGGAGGAGACAAUAAUAAUAAUAUUAAUGAUAAUAAUGGCUUUGCUGAACGCACUCAGAACGGUCGCUCCCGGGCAUCCCCUAGUCCGCCCGCACCGCCCGCGCGCGAAUCGACAGAGUCUCAGGCGUCGCUGUCGCGACCGACCACUCCCCAGUAUAGAACGUCGGUCAUCACGGAACAGAAGACGGGUCGGCUCUCUCCUGGGGCUCCCGUGGCCAGUGCCAGACGAGAAAGUCCUUCGGCAGGCAAGACGAAAAGUGUCUCGUUGCCUCCGCCCGUUAACCGCGCCGACAAGCCGAAGAUUCCUACCAAACCGGUCGGCCUCUCACACCUGGAUACUAACCACGCCUCCUUGCUGCCGAAGCCGGAAAAUGGUCUCCCUCCGGACGAAAGAGCUGUCUCGCCGUUUAGUACCCCCCCAGGGAGCCCCGAGAAGCUGCCGUUGAAGCCCACGCACACAGGGAGAAGCAGCAUCGUCAUCCCGGCCAGAUCGCCCUCGCGCCCGUUGAUGGAAGAUCCGCAGCCGAGGCAGUCCUUGGAUGAACGGCGGCGCCCGCCUGGGCCUCCUCCUCCUGCUGCAAUCCGAGAUGCAAGGGAAAUGGGCUUUGCGCGAAGAAGGCCCGCGCAAGAACCGAAUCGAGACACUAAACCUUUGAGCGUUCAGAUCCCUCCAACGCUGCCUUUUCGUUUGGAGCCCCAGUCUGCCGCUGCUGCUGUUGCCACGACGGCUCCUCCUCUUUCUGCCAACCGACUGCGUUCGGGUGACAGUCUGUAUGAACCUCCCAAUCUCCCACCUCGUCAACCGUCGCAACGGUCGCGGAGACCCCCUACCUUGUCUCCAAGAAUUGCCCCCGCGGAUAAUACGUCGGUCAAUCAGCUCCCCGUUUUCCGAACAGAGACCUCCAACCCGCAGCGGCACGAACUUCAGACCCCGGUCCAGAUCCAGCGGCAGCCUUCGUUCUCGCGCGACACGAAACCGGGAGCGCGCGUAUCCUCUACUCACCUAGAAGCCCCACCGCUCAGAGACGCUGAAGAAGAGGGCCUGCUCGUCGUCCCCGAUGAGCCGCUAGUCUCACGAACCGAUUACCCGGAUUCAUCACAGGUCAACCGCAGGCCACCACUACUCAAGUCUGGUCCCUACGAAAUCCACACCAGAUAUGACACCCGCCUAUUCGACGUUUGUGGCCGAUACGUCUGCACGACGGGAUACAUCACAAGGGUCUGGGAUUUGACCACGGGAGAGCAAGUUUUGAGCCUCAGCCAUGGGGAGACGGUCAAGUGUCUUUCCAUAGCCUUCAAGCCUGGCAAGGACCUGGAGAGUGAAGGCCAGCGUCUCUGGCUAGGUUCCAGUUCGGGUGAGCUACAUGAGGUCGAUAUCGCUACCCAGUCGAUUGUCGGCUCCAGAUCAUACCCGUCUCGACGAGAGAUCAUCAAGAUCCUUCGGCACCAAAAGGAAAUGUGGACUCUCGACGAUGAGGGCAGACUGUUGGUCUGGCCGCCGGACGAGACAGGCACGCCCAAUCUCCAGUAUAGCUACCACAACCCUUACGACCGAGUUGCGCGAGGGCAUACCUUCUCCAUGGUCGUGGGGGACAAACUCUGGCUUGCGGCAGGGAAAGAGGUCCAUAUCUACCGUCCCAAUGCGCGUGACGAUGCAUCUUUCAAGGUGCUCAAACGCCCGCUCGGCUCGCUGCACUCGGGCGAAGUCACAUCGGGGACCUAUGUCAGCAAAGAUGGAGGGCGUGUUUACCUCGGUCAUAACGACGGCAAAGUCUCCGUCUAUUCUGCAACAGAGUAUACAUGUCUUGCUUCGGUUAAUGUGAGCGUCUACAAGAUCAAUUGCCUAGGGAUGGUCGGCGAUUAUCUCUGGGCUGCCUACAAAACUGGAAUGAUCUAUGUCUACAACAUUACCACGAAUCCCUGGACAGUAAAAAAGGACUGGCGUGCUCACGACAGCCCGGUGUGUGGCUUCUUAUUGGAUACAAGUAGCGUGUGGACAAUGAAUCGCCUCCAGGUUGCUUCCUUGGGGACUGAUAAUUGCAUUCGCUUAUGGGAUGGGAUGUUGGAAGAUGACUGGCUGGACGACCGCAUGCUGAGUAAGGACGUCGAAUUUUGCGAUUUCCGUGAGAUUCGAGCUACAGUGCUCACCUGGAACGCCGGAGCUUCUACUCCCAGCAACGUGCGAUCCAGUAAUUUCAUUCAAGAUGCAAUCCAUCCUGAAAAUCCGCCCGAGAUUUUGGUGUUUGGAUUCCAGGAGCUUGUCGAUCUGGAGAACAAAAAGAUUACAGCGAAGAGUCUGCUCCUCGGCAGCAAGAAAAGGGAAAAUGGAGAGAAAGAGCAUAUGAGUCGUCAAUAUCGGGUCUGGAUGGAGCACUUGACGGGCGUCAUCAAUGAGUGCAUGCCUCUCGAGGAGUCAUAUGUCCUUUUGCACACAGCCAAUCUGAUCGGUCUCUUCACCUGUAUCUUUAUCAAGCAUAAAGAGCGAGAUAGAGUCCGGAACAUCAGCGCAGCAGAGGUGAAACGAGGUAUGGGAGGAUUGCAUGGCAACAAGGGUGCACUGAUCUUCCGCUUUGUACUGGAUGAUACUUCUCUGUGCUUUGUGAACUGUCAUCUUGCAGCCGGACAGACGCAAACCGCGAAUCGGAACAACGACAUUGCUGCCAUUCUGGAAGCGGAGUCUCUUCCAUCUGAGAGCAACCUCUUGACUCGAGCCAAGCAUUUCGUCAGUGGAGGCGAUGGAGCAAUGAUCAUGGACCACGAGGUCUGCAUUCUGAACGGAGACCUGAACUACCGGAUCGAUGCAAUCCCGCGAAACGUCAUCAUCGAAGACAUCCGCAAAAACAACUUCUCCAAGUUGCUGGACCGAGAUCAGCUCCUUGCCUCCCGACGAAAAAACCCAGGGUUCCGCCUUCGGUCAUUCAUGGAAGCACCGAUCACCUUUGCGCCCACCUACAAGUACGAUGUCGGGACGGACGACUAUGAUUCGAGCGAUAAGAAGCGCUCUCCAGCCUGGUGUGAUCGGGUGCUGUACCGUGGACUGGGUCGGAUCAAGCAACUGGAGUACCGACGGCAUGAAGCUCGCGCGUCUGAUCACCGGCCUGUGAGCGCCUACUUCAAGAUGCGGAUCAAGACUGUCGUGCCGGAUGCACGGGCAGCCACGUGGGAAAAGUGCCAACAGGAGUUUCAAACCGAGAAGCGGCGGUUGGCUUCUGAUGCAAGUAUCGAAUAUCUGAUCAAUGUCCUCGGAACGGACCCCAAGUCAGCUCGAGCCUUGAUCAUGGGCUAG